AUGGCAAGCAAAGAAAGCUUCGCGACAAAUGAGGACAAAGAUGAAAGUUUCGGCAGCAAAGAGCAGGUUAUUGAACCGUACAUGUUUGAGCCCAACAAGGGGGUACAUGGCGAAGCUAGUGACGAUUUGAGUGAAGAUUCUGGGUCAGAAGAGGACGAGUUUGACGAAGAAUUCGAAUUGGCUAAUGCUUGGCGUCGUACUACGCUUGAAUGGUGUAAGUGUGGUAAAUGUGCGAUAAUGGAGAAGACCAUUGAAAGCUUCUGUUGCCACGAGAAAGCAUUGGAGUACGACGAAUACGACGACAAACUUACUAGCGCACAAAAUCAAGAGUUUACUUGUAUAACAAGCCUGUCUUCAUUUGUGCAAAAUAUGCUAUCAAAGGACGUGCUUGAUGUCGAUGUUUCACAAUAUUUGGAAGAAAAUUGGCCUCUUGGAGAUGAUCAAUUAG